GGAGCGGGCCCGAGACUGGGAGCUUCGUCUGCGAGCUGGGAGCCGUAGCGGAGCAAGCGGGAGGGAGGGAGGGAAGGAGGCUGGCUGGCAGGGCAGCAAGCUAGCCUUCAACGGGGAAGGUGGGAGGCGGAGGCCUUUUUUUCUGCUUCUUCGCUAAGCGCCCCGAGAAGCAGCUCGGCUCUCCUUUCCCAAGUUUUUGCAAGCGCUUCUCUUGCAGUUUGAAGGCUCUUCUCGCCGCUUCUAUGUAACGUAACCGUAACCAGAAUGAUACAAGUCUUGGACCCAAGACCUUUGCCCAGUUCCAUCAUGCCUGUAGAUGUAGCCAUGAGAAUAUGUUUGGCCCAUUCACCACCUGUGAAGAGUUUUCUAAACCCCCUUGAUGAAUAUCAAAGAAGAAAUUUUGUGGAUCGCUUAAAGCCUCUGAGAUCAUGCCUCAAUGUGAAACGUGAAACUGAGCACCAAAAUAGUGACUGGAAACACUCUGCUGCCCGAGCCAAGAAGAAAGUGGUUUUUGCAGACUCGAAAGGCCUCUCUCUGACUGCCAUCCAUGUCUUCUCUGAAUUCCAGGAGAAUCCAGUCUGGGAUCUCCAAUUUGAUUUGUCAGAUCUUGAAGACAUCACAGCUGGCCUAAAAUUACAUGAGGAAAAGAACUUGAUUCUUGGUUUUACUCAGCCUUCGGCUGACUACCUAGACUUCCGGAGUCACUUACAGAAGAACUUUGUCUGUCUUGAAAAUUGCACCCUGCAAGAAAGUACAGUAUCUGGGACUGUGAAAGUGAAAAAUGUGAGUUUUGAAAAGAAGGUGAAGAUUCGAAUUACCUAUGAUUCAUGGAAAACCUAUUCUGACUCUGAUUGCAUCUACAUGAACAAUGUAUAUGGUGAUUCAGAUAAUGACACUUUCUCCUUUGCAAUCGAAUUGCCUCCAGCCAUUCCUACUGAGCAAAAAAUUGAAUUUUGUGUGUAUUAUCAAAAUGGUGACCACAUUUUCUGGGACAAUAACGAUGGGCAAAACUAUAAGAUUGUCCAUGCAGAAUGGAAGUCUGAUGGUGUCCAAGUGGCAACAUCACCCAGGAAAGGCUGCCUAACACUCAAAUCUUCAAGAAAAGUGCACAAAGCAGAGGGUGAACAACUUGGCAGCUCUCAGAUAUCCAAUAGCUUCUAUCCUGAAUGGCAAAAGUGGAACACGGUUGAAGCAUCCUCUCCAUAUUGGUGAAUGAAAUAUAUCCACAGAGGCCUCUAACAUCAAUGGCUGAACAUUGCUGAUUUUCAGCUUCUUAAUAUGCAAUAUAAACAAACCAAGUUGGAAGGCAUGGUGACUACUUUAAAAAAAGCUAACAUCUUUCAAUUAAAAGAGCAAAAGUUCUAGCUACAACCUAGACUUGGGACAAUUCAAUGACAAUGUUGCCUAGCAUAAGAACAGCAUGUAUGCUCCAUAUAUAUGAAACUCUGUUUCUUCUAAUCACUUGCCUGGACAUGUAAAAGAGAGAUGUUGGGAAGAAAUAUUUUUGUACUGAUCUUAGGAAGCUGUGAUUGUGUGGGGAAUGUUGAAUAGAUAGCCACAAAAAACCUUUGUGCCUACUUUAAAAUGCAAUGGGAACUGAGAGAGAUACCAAACUGUGAAGCCUGAGACUUGAAUUCAACCUAAACAAAGAUUGACUAUAACACAAUUCAGUGUUUGGGUUUGGGGCAUAGAAGUAUCUCUUUCAACAGGAUAGGGUUGAGAAAGAAAGGGAAAAAAGAUGAUGUUCUGUAGUUGAGAAGUAUUGGGGAAUCCUACUUUAUAUCUCCAAAGAAAUUUCAAUAGUUCGCAAGAGUAAGAAAGAACUUUUGUUUCCUUGAAAUUGAGUUACCAGCUUUGUAUCCCAAAAGAUAAUCCGUACCUUUAAAAUCUGUAGGACUGAUAGAAUUAUGUCAGAUGCAGGUUUUCCCAUCGCUGUAUUUGCAGUCCUGUUAAAUGUAUCUGUCCUAGGCUGGGUCUAUGUGGAAGAAAUAUCCAAGCAUGAACAGACUAAAAGGUGGCAACUGCAUUUAUAAAAAAGCCCCUGUAUAUUUGUAGACUUUGUUUCACCUUUCUGCCUUCAACUUGCUCUAUAAUACACUAACUUUGCUUUCAUAAGGCAACUCCCUACACAAGGGGAUUGCCAUCCUGUGUACACACAAGGUGUGCCUUAAACAAAACCCAGUAAAAUACCCCAAGAGCACACUGUUUUGCUUAAAGAGAGAUUGAAUGACUCUUGUGAAAUGCCUUAAAUCUAUAAAUGUUGGCUGUCUGAUGAGCUUGCCUUGUAAAAAUAGACGAAAAAAAUAUCCUCUUAGCUUGCUUGUUGUAGAGUUUGGUAAGAAUUUUCCCUUCUAAGGAUAGCUCUUCACAACAAUAAAAUAAUCCUAAACAAUCCAGAGUCCUUCAUAUUGAAGGUUGUUAGAUAGCUGCACUUCUCAAGCUAAUAGGUUUAAAAUGACAGAGUAGGCAACUUGCACAGAAAUAGAAAUCAUUUCUAUUCACCUUCUCAUACCUCAUUUUUCUUCUGUAGCUUUUACAGAGCCAGAACAUGUUGGGUAUGCAUGUGUAUGUGUUACAUUAAUUGUGAUUUUGAUCUCCCGCAGAUGCAUUGUAUUUUGUGAAUUAUAAUGCGUGACUGCAGUUUUGACACAGAUGUAUAGAGCAAGCCAAUUAGGAUGGGUGUGUGCGCGCCUACUCCCAUGUUCACGGUCCUGUUUUGUAGUGGUGGUAUUGUUUAUGGAGAAUGCAAAUUAAACUAUUGUUUGUUACACCAGUAGUGAGAUGGAACAUGCAUUGUAAAAAAAAAAGCAAACUCCUCCCAUCUCUUUUCCCUUCCUCCUCACUGUAUCACAACUACUGUGUAAGCAAUUCACUUAAAAAUAAAUUGUAUUUUGAUAA